UCCCAAACAAAAAAAAUUCCGAGAGAGAGGGGGAGAUGACAAUGGAUAGAGAAAAGGAGAGAGAGAUAGAGCUUGAAAGCGCAAUGUAUACGAAUUGCUUGCUUUUAGGUUUGGAUCCGUCGAUUAUCUAUCUCGGAGCCUCCAACGGAAUCCCUCGGGUCGGACGUUUCCGCCAUUCCAACCCUAAACUAGGCGAACAGCUUCUUUACUUCAUCCUCUCUUCUCUUCGUGGCCCCGCUCAAUCUGCCAGAGAUUUCGAUCGAGUUUGGCCCAUUUUUGACUCAGCGCAAUCUCGUGAUUUUCGAAAGGUUGUGCAAGGGAUAAUUACCGAGCUGGAAGCACAAGGAGCUCUGCCGAGGAGUAAUUCGAGGGUUUCUUCGCUGGCUACUUGUUGUGGACCGAGAUUUGUUGAACUUUUGUGGCAACUUUCAUUGCAUGCAUUGCGAGAGGUUCAUAGAAGGAAUUUCGCCACAGAUGUUACUUCUAACCCAUUGCCUGCACCAUUGACCGAUGUUGCAUUUUCACAUGCUGCUUCACUACUUCCUGUAACAAAGGCUAGGAUCGCUCUUGAACGAAGGAGAUUUUUGAAAAAUGCAGAAACAGCAGUGCAGAGACAGGCAAUGUGGUCAAAUUUGGCUCAUGAAAUGACUGCAGAAUUUCGUGGUCUUUGCGCUGAGGAGGCUUAUUUGCAGCAAGAGCUGGAAAAACUACAUGACUUAAGGAACAAAGUGAAGUUGGAAGGAGAGCUAUGGGAUGAUCUUGUCUCUACUUCAAGUCAGAAUUCUCAUUUGGUUUCAAAAGCUACUCGCUUAUGGGAGUCUAUAUUAUCUCGUAAAAGCCAGCAUGAAGUUCUUGCAUCAGGCCCUAUUGAGGAUUUGAUAGCUCAUAGGGAGCAUAGGUAUCGCAUCUCCGGGUCAUCUUUGCUUUUAGCUAUGGAUCAGAGUUCACAAGUUCUUCCUUCUGAUAUCUUAUCUGUUCAGUCUGAUUCGGAUGACAAAGAACACAAUGAUGGAUAUCACACACAGCUCAAUGAAGAGACACUUUCUCGGGUAGAUGAUAGAAGUGGGAGAAUCCACCAGACUGUUGAUGUAGCAGAAGUUAUAAGGCGUUGGACACAUGCACUACAACGCAUUCAUAAACAGUCACUUCAGCUGACAAAAGCUAAUGACGGAGAGGGUCCUGAUAUUUUACAAAGCGCACAUGAUGGUGGCACAAGUGGUCAUGCCGAGUCAUUAGCUGCUACUCUGGCUGAGCAUCAGCAACACCUUGCUAGCUUUCAGGUGCUUAUUAACCAACUAAAGGAAGUUGCUCCAUCAAUCGAGAAGUCGAUAUCAGAGUGUACGGAGAAAGUAAAUAGCAUUUCCUCCAACUUGCCUCCAAUGACCAAACAUCGCGGUCAAGCCUCCUCACCUAAUCAAGCUCAGAGCAGUGGAAGGACCUUGGAAAGUAGCUCUGAUGAUGUCGGUGACGUUACUUCGAAAAUGUCUGCUGUUCAGCUUGAGAAGAUUUCAGCUAGCCCUCCAGCUUUAAAGCUCCCGCAAUUAUUUAGUUUAACUCCAAAUUCGUCUGGAAAAGGUGGAACCGUGCAAAAGCGAGCUCCCUUGACCCCAAAUUCGGCUGGAAAAGGUGGAAACAUGCAAAGGCGACAUACAUUCGCUCCUGAGACCAACCAAAUCGGAACUUUUUCUGAAAGGAAUUCAGAGGAACAGCCUCCAGUAAGCAAUCAAGUAGAUUACCCGCCCCAAGAAAGUGACGGUUCUUAUAUUCAGAACUUAAAAAAAUCUGUGAGGCAAGCUGCACUGUUAAUGCCAUCCUCCAAUUCGGAGUCAUUACGUGACGUUGAAUCUAAUGAAACUUCCGAACACUUCUUUGUACCCGUUUCAUCAACUAAUUUUUCUCGUGGGGAACCAGAAAAUAAAGUUGGCCCUAUAAGGAGUAAGAGAUUAUUUUCUACUCAAACAGACCACACCUUGCUCGACGCCCAUGCCGGUAAUGGCCAUAUCGGGAGUAAUAACUACGGUGACUUGCCGCAAAUGUUGAACAAUAUAGAUUCUCUUAAUGACUACGAUCAAGGCAAUGGAUUUCUCUCCGCUGGUGCAUCAAGUUCUGCAGCUUCUGAUGGCCAAUCGUUUUUCGACAUGGAAGAAGCUCAGGAUCAGGUCUUUUCCCCUCUGCUUAUGGAAACGUCCCUGUUCGCCGGUGCGUACGAGGAUUUGCUCGCUCCGCUUUCAGAAACCGAAACCGCCUUGAUGGAGCAUUGAGACCGGAGGUCGGAUGUUUUCGGUUUUCGGUCGUCGUUUCCGUUGCUUUGUUAAUCGACACGAUGGUUGUAUGUAGCUUGAGAGAGAGACAGAUCCACUGAAGUAUUGAAUCUUGUUAUUAAUUUGUAAACCAACUGAAGUUAUAAUUUUGCCUGCAUUGCAAGCAUUUCCCAUAUAUUUAAUAAGAAUUGAUUAUUGUUCUUUGUUCAA